AGACCAUGAAGCUAUAAAUAAUACCGUCUUGUGGAAAGAUUUUUUAUUUCAGUUCAAUACGGUGUAGCAACGGAUCGCGAUCGUUUGUUUUCGUGGCCCGCGGUACUUGUGCUUCGAGAAUCGCUCUGUUGGAUUUACGAGUCAAGGUAAACAUGGAUCUUCGGACUAUCAUCGCCAGCUGCCUGAUUCCGGUUCUGUUUGGAUUUUUAGCCGAAGCGCUUCCUCCCCACUACUAUUCGCAAUCACCUGCAGCCUUGCCAACUAGUGAUGAUGAUACACUUCAGGGAAUGUUUGGGUCGUUUGAAGAGCCCAAUUCAUCUGAAUACGAUGAUGAUGAUCAUGAUGAUUAUACUGAUAUUCCUGAUCGGGAUUAUGACAAUAAUUACCAAAAUCAGGAUGACUUAGGCGAGCCGAUGUCUGAUCACGAGACAAGAUUCUCCGAUUGGGAGCAUGCCAAAAAUGGUGUAAAUGAUUUCAAUUUUCCUGUGAAUAAUCACGAUGAAUCAAUGGAACCGCUGUCAGAUUACGAUACAAGAACAGGAUUCCCCGAUCGGGAGCAUGACAAUAAUGGCGUAAAUGAUUUUAACUUUCCUUUGAAUAAUAAUUACGAAAACUACGAUGGUUCAGUGGAGACACAGCCUCGCAAAUCACCAAGCAAGAUAACAAAAGUAUUCAAAUUUGUGAAAAUAGUGCACCGGAGUGAUAUGCAAUCAAAAAGUAAUUGUCCAAGUGGCAAACGAUUUGACGAGGUAAGGAAAAGAUGUGUCUAGAUACUGGAAGGUUUGGAAGGUAACCUGUAGGUUUACGUUGAACAAUAUUCACUGGGAAUUUUACUCUUAGUUUUCAAGUGGAAACUAAUGGGAAUUAUUUUCUAACAAAGGAAAUAUGCUGAUGACCAUCAAGAGGUUAAAAUUAAAUAUUCAAUCUCAUAAUGUGGGACAGUAUCUGCAAGUAAUAGAUUUGUGUGGAAAUUCAGCAUCUUGAAUCUAAUUACAGUGAAAGUAUUGGAAAAAGUGAGUCUGUUAUCUGUGAGAAGCUUGAGAUUGAUCAGAGGUGACAAAAAUAAUCAACUGAUAAUUUCAAGAAAUAAUAGAGAAAUAAAAUAAAGAAUAUCAAGAGAUAAUAAAAGCAAUAUAUAUAUAGUUUCCUUUACUGUAAUUAAUAUAGUUUCCUUCUCCGAAGAAACUGUUAAGAUUUUUGAUCUAAUAAUGUGUAACUAGGAGCAGAUUUUGAUUGAGGGUUUUGAGCUAGGGUUCGAAGUACUGGCAUAAGUUUUAGUCUCUACGGUUUGAAUGAUAUAAAUUGGAAUUAAGUGGAUGAGUGAACCCUGUGUAAUCAGGAAUUAAGUGUAACGUAAUAAUACUCUUCAUAUGUACAAGCAAUCUAGCAAUCUAUGAAUCAGACCUUCUAGUUCAACAAACAAUCCUCAUUUGUGCCAUAUGAGAAACAAUAAUUGCUCUCCACUCUAAAUUAUACACUUUUAUACAUUGGUAAUAAAAUUUUAUGAAUACACAACAUUUCAUUCAUUUAUCCAUUCAUUAAUCUCCAACGGUACGGUAAGGAAUGUAGAGU